GGAAUCCAGUUCACGAGCCACUCGAUUCUGUUCUUGGUGUGCAGUGAUCAGUGUCAAGGUGAAGAACGGACUUCAUUUAAAGUGAAAACUUAAUGGUGAACGAAUCUAAAUAAAAGUUAUAGAAUUUUAUGCAUCGAGCGUACUUUGCUACAUAAGGAAUUGAAGAAGAAAAGUGCUAGAAUAAUGCCUUAUCGGGCUGGAGUGCGUACUAUCUAAAAAAGAUUAUGAGUCGUACGAGAAAUAAUAUGACAAUCAAGAUACCGAGAUGGAAUUAUCUUUAAUCCUUGGGAUAGUCUCUAUCAUACUACCUCAUUUUACGUCAGCUGCAAGCAAUUUUUCAACAGAGCAAAUAAAUAGUAUAGAAGAUACAACCCAGACUCCUUUGAAAGCAUACUUAACUAAUGGAGAGAUCAUUUUACUUCCAAAAUCAGAAUUUCCACCGAAAAAUGAAAUAUUAUUGUAUAAAGUAGUUCGCAAGUUGCGAGAUCUUUGGAACAACGGAGAUGAAAAUACUGUCACUGGUCGUUGUAUCCAACUUGCGAAGAGAAUCAGAGCAUUGAUACCAGCCGCAGUAUUCGCCAUGGGUGUAAUAGUUACGUUACUAGGAUUCCUCACCAUGUUUUCCUUGAAAUCCAUAGGAAUGCUCGCCCUAUUACUUCUAAUAAACGUCAGCGGGGCAGUAGCUAAGACCACCGCCUUCUUGGCCUACAAAGGUAAAGAGCAUCAUCGGCCAUCGACUGUGCAUUUCCACGUCCACAAGGAUGACGACUUCCAUGGUGGAUAUCCUCAUAUCGGUCACAGCAGUCCUGACGUUGACUGGGACAGGAAGUCGAGGAUUAAUCAGGAGUUAAUGGAACUAGAUCGUUUAGAGUCAUAUAAUUUGUAUAAUAAGUUAUUGAAGGAUCUUGCUUUAAAAAAUUAUAAAAUAUAACACAAAAUUAAAGGUGAA